UAAGUCCGGCGCUCGGUUACAGUUUCAACCGCGGGACCGCGGUAUAUAUUAUUUGUUUGUUCAGCGCAUUAUGUUAUUUUUCCCGGUUUUGAAAACAAAUAUUUCAUAGGGCGCAAUACACAGGAAUAUAUUAAAUAAAAGUAACGAAACAUUUGAAAUUGAUAAAUGAGACAAAUUAAAUAUUUAUCCACGAGGCAAAAUGUCAAACGAUACGAUUCAAUAUUCGGAUAAAUACAAUGACGAUAAAUACGAGUACAGGCAUGUCAUUUUACCUGCUGAUCUUGCCAAACUUGUGCCAAAAUCUCAUCUAAUGACGGAGACCGAAUGGCGCAAUCUUGGAGUUCAGCAAAGCCCUCGUUGGGUUCAUUACAUGAUGCACGGCCCAGAACCACAUGUAUUAUUAUUCCGAAGAUUAAGGAGUGAUGUAUCACAGGUAACAAGAAAUGGGCCUGCACUUGCAGGGAGCCAACCAGCUUGAAACCGAAUCAUCCAAACAAACGUCGCAGUUAUUAUUUUGAUAUGAAUAAUGAAAGCAGAGAAAUAUGUGAAUACAAGCAGAGCAAAUAAUUUUUGCUUGAAAAUCCAUUGAAUAGGAGUGUCAAGAGGUUUAAUAAUUUUGGGUAAUAAUUGCAGGAACACUGAAGGCUUUCGGGCCUGCAUUUUACAAUAGUGUAUGUUUUAUUGACCAAAUGAUCUUAGGGCAUAUUAUACUGAUAAUUAAAACAUACCGUUGAAUAUUUGGUGUCAUAAUCAUACACACAUACGCACAUGUAUCUCUAUAUGAAUAUAUAUAUAUAUAUGUUUGUACAAA